AUGGAUCUGGAGCUGGAUUUGCCCCCGCUGUCUACUGAGGAGUUUCAGACUGACGGGCGUUCAGAGGCAGUCCCUGAGCUUUUGACCGAGCGGCAACCGAGACCCACUGGAGCUGCUGCCCAAGUCCAGUCCGCGGCUGGCCCUGAACGACUCUUCUCUUGCAUUCCUCCCUGCAGGACUGCUCUGCCUUCCGGGCCUGAGGACGACGAGGCAGCCAAACCCGGCCUGGAGAUCACUGUCUCCAAUCCCAGCAACCUCAAACUCGAGUGUGUCAUCUGUUACUGCUCCUACGACCUCUCUGCCCGCCUCCCUCGCCGCCUCCACUGCGGCCACGCCUUUUGCCAGGCCUGUAUCCGGCGCCUCAAUGUGGUGGCCAACGAGCAGUGGUGGGUCCCGUGUCCCCAGUGCCGGCAAAACACCCCCACCCCACGCGGAGGGGUGGCAAUGCUUGACUUGGACCUUGCGGCCUUCCUCGCCGUCAAGUCCGAGAAGGUGCUUCCCCGGCACGGAGGCCGGCUGCAGCCGGAUCAGCUCUCCAAGGAGAAGCCGGUCUUCACGGAGCAGCCGAGCGGCUCGUGCCAGGAAGUUUUGCCUGAGCCCCAGCCCUGCCUUCCCCGGAAUGGCUGCUGGUGCUGCUGCUGGUGGUGCUGCGACCCCAUUCUCUGCUGUGGAACCGCUGCAGCCUUUCCGAGCUGA